UGUCACUGUUUGGUUUUCUCUCACAGUCUCAUCCGAAGUCCUUUUGGUCCCCUUCUUCCUUGGUCCCUGUAGUUGAUGGUCUUUUUGCACUAUUCUUUCUGUGAGAAGCAACUGAUUACGCAUCUAAAGAAGACAGGACCUUGUGCCUGCCCGCCCAAGCCUCUUGCCAGUGUUCUUAGUGGUCAGAGACUCCGACCUUCAUCGAAAGGCUACCUACUGGCCUCUAGGAUUUCUGCCUUUUCCCAACCCACUGGUUGAGUGAACGCAGGGUGGUAUUACACCUGAGUGUGAGGACCGGUUGGUUAGCAACAAACAAGAGCCUCCUGGGGCCUCCGGCAUCGGCCUGAAGCUGGAACCAUCAGGGAAUAUGAGUGAGUUUUGGCACAAACUGGGCUGCUGCAUGGUGGAGAAGCCCCAGCCGAAGAAAAAGAGAAGACGUAUUGACCGCACCAUGAUUGGGGAGCCAAUGAAUUUUGUGCACCUGACUCACAUCGGCUCUGGGGAGAUGGGGGCUGGAGACGGACUUGCCAUGACAGGUGCAGUUCAGGAGCAGAUGAGAUCCAAGGGAAACCGUGACAGACCCUGGAGCAAUUCCAGAGCCUUGUAGCUCCUAUGGGACUGGUUCUGUAGUCUUGGAGUUCCCAAUCCGUGUCCAGGCCAGAAGAAAUGCCAUCACCAGAUCCCUUCAACCAGUGGCCCAAGGGCCUUUCUCUAUCUCUAACAAGUGCCUCAAAAGGAGUGGGGGCUGGACCCCCUCUACUCCCUCUGGCCUCUGCCCCUCCUGGAGAUGGGGGUCAAGGCAGCAGGACUGACCAAGUGACUACUGGUGGGCCAGAGGAACUCAGCUGAAGCCCUGCACACCCUCGAUCUGAGCUGGAGGUUCUCUGGGAACCUGGAAUAGGUUCCCUGCUCCUGAAUGAAGGUCGGGUGCCGCCUGUUUAAACUUCUUGCCUUUAUUCUUUGAUCGAGGCAGGCAGGUGCGGGAGCUACAGCUGAACCCCACUUUGCUAUAGUUCUCCCCGCUUCCCUGCCCUCUCUUUCCUUCUGGAAUGAGCAAUGCAGAGGUGAAGGGGCUGGGUGACCACUGCCCAGUCCACUCUGGAUUUCAGACCUUAAGAUCACAGCUCCACCACGUCUCUCUGCUGCCACCAGGGUGUUGCUCCAGUUAGGCCUCUAAUCCCAUGCUUCUGUAGUAUUAUUAAUAGCUUCCCAGAAGUAUUUUUUUAAUUAAAAUUUUAAUUUGAGUUCUUUUAAUUACCCCCA